CGCAGCGGUGCCGGCUCAGCUCCAGCAGCGAGCUCAGCUCAGCUCCUCCCCGGCCCGGCCCGCCUCUGCCCCCUCGGUGGGGGCGGCGCUGUUUGCCUCUGAGCCCCGCCCUCUCGUUUCUGCAACGCUUCAUUCCCCCCGGCCGGGGCGUGCAGCAGGCGCUAGCAGUCUCCCCCGAGCCGCUGCGCACACGCCGGACCCGGCGCCCCUUCACCAUGUGGCUGCUGCGCGCCUCAGCCCGGCUCCGCCGCCAGCUCGCUGCCUCCUGUGGGCUGCGGGGGGGCCCUUCCCUGGCCCAGGAGCAGCUGAAAUCAGAAGGGAAGCCUCAAAAGCAGAUCUGCCAAGUUGUUCUGGAUCACUUUGAGAAGCAAUACGUGAAGGAGCUGGGAGAGGCAUGGAGCACAGUCAGGGAGGUGCUCACAUCACCAUUGUGCUGGCAAUAUGCUGUUCUGCUUAAUAAAUUCAGCUAUUCCUCUGAACUGGAGAACAACUUGCAUUUGAAGGGGUAUCAUAAUCUCUUUCAGGAAACCUUACCCUAUCUCCCAGGAUCAUUAAAAUGUUACAUUAGUAGAACUCCUGGGAGAUUCCCUGCACAAAACCACCACAUUGGCAAACUCAAGGAAUAUUAUCUGCUGAAUGCUGCUUCACUUCUGUCGGUGCUGGCAUUGGAAAUAAAGGAUGGGGAAAGGGUUUUGGAUAUGUGUGCUGCUCCAGGUGGUAAAUCAAUAGCUAUGCUACAGUGUGCCUGGCCAGGUCAUCUUCACUGUAAUGAGUAUGAUAGUCUGAGAUCAAAGUGGCUGAAGCAGACACUAGAAUCCUUCAUCCCAGAGCCUCUGAUGAAUUUAAUUACUCUCUCUGAACUGGAUGGGAGACAGAUUGGAGAUCUCCAUCCUGAAUUGUACGACAAGGUACUGCUGGAUGCUCCGUGUUCAAAUGACAGAAGUUGGUUAUUCUCUUCGGAUAUUCAGCAGGCUACACUUAGACUCAUCCAAAGGAAGGAGUUAUCUGCUGUACAGGUACAGCUACUAAGUUUGACCAUUGUGGGGCACAAUCCUGUCAAAAUUCACAAGCUAAGAGUGCUCAAAGCUGGUCUGUUUUUGAUGUGAGAUUUCCAAGACUUGCUGCAGGAGGUUAUGUUGGUCAUUCCAAAGUGUAGUGUUCUUGCUGUACUGUUAAACAGCUGGUGUCAUCUCCUGGUAGCUGUCUGCAUUUCCGUGCUGGGUGAAGAGAUUUCUGCAUAUUUAAAGUUAGUAAGUCACUUUGGGAUUCUCUAGGAAGAGGUGCUAUAUAAAUGUAAGAGACUCUGCAUGUUUAGCAGUGAAAUCUCAUACGUUUGUACCUCGAUAGUAAUCUGAGCCACAUGGCUUUGCACAUCUGGAAAGCUUUGUCAGGGGAGAGGGGGGAUCUACUUCUGUGAAAUUGGGUACAGUAGAUACUUUUUUCAAGAUGAGGGGAAUUCUUCCCAACAUAUACUGCCUCCCCAGUCAGGACUUCGCCCUUUCUUUCCAUUUUAGAGGUUUAAAGAUAUGUUGGUAAACAAAACACCCAUGAGAGGAAAGUAUGGUUUUGUGAUUAAGGCACUGGACUGGGAUUCAGGAGGCCUGGAUUCAAUUCCCAGCUCUACCAGAGACUGACUGUUCACCUUUGGCAAGUUGUUUAAUCUCUCGGACUCGGUUCCUCAUGUGUAAGAAAGGGGGAUUACUACUUCCUUUCUUUCCUGUGUCUGCCUUGUCUAUUUAUAGUGUAAACCCUGUGGUGCACAGACUGUCUCUUCCAAUGUGUUUUGGUACAGCACCCAGCGUAAUGGGGCCCUGAUCUUGGUUGGAACCUCUAAGCACUACUGUAAUAUAAGAAAGAAGUUUUUGUAAUUUGCAUGGCAUAACCCCAGAUCUCAGCACUUCCCUGAACCCUGUAAAUAGUGUUAGUUACAGUACUGUACAUAAUUCUAUUUACAUGAAUCCUCUCAGGUUCCUGUUUCUAUAGGGACUGCUUGCUGUGGAACUGCAUUCAUGAAUUCUUCAGCAUCUCCAAGUUCUAUCCAAUGAGAAGUGACCUAAAUUCAGGAAAUAAUGUUGACCACAGCAUAGGGCUUAUCCUUCAACUUUUUUUCAGUAUUAUAAUAUUUUCAUUAUCUACAAAAACUCCUCCGCCCAACAGAAGCAAAACUGGCCGUUUAACUAGGCAGUGUUAUCCCCUCUCAAAAUACUGUUCUGUAGUGUCAGACAUUAGCCUGAAUUCUGAGGAGACACUUUACCACAGUGUCUUUUGGAUUAGAAAACAGUCCUGCCAAUUGAGCCUUAACUAACUAAUUUCAGAAAGAUAAAUUGCAAAUGCUAGAAUGAAAACAAAGCAGAACAGGCAGCCAACAGAGGCACUAAAGCACCUGGUCUAACUUGUCCUUAAGCAGGAAAGAAUAUUACUUAAUUUACAGCACUUCCCCCAAUGUGCUUAUUUGUGAAGUCAAAUAUGUGUUGCUGGCUACCUGCCCUGUUUUCCAGUCAAUUGUGCUCCACUAGUCCAGGUGCACUCUGGUGGCUUGGCUGGCCUAAACAUCGCCCCAUUUCUUUUACAAACAAUAGGACGGUGAGAGAAUGGAGACAAAUGCAGAAAGAAAAGGAGGUUGAAGAGGCAAAUGGGUGGUGGGGUGAGAGAGAAAGGGCAGAGAAGUCGCAGUGUGUUUGCUGCCAAUAUUGGUGCAAUCAUGUCCCUAUUUCCUGCUGAGAAUGAUGUGCAGAAAUGGCAGGUUUGAGGUUAGCUACCCAAAUGUGUGUGCUAGCACUGCAUUAGAUUAAACUACAGGAAGCCAUGUGUUCGUUCUGGUAACAAAAGUAAAUAGGAUUUGUGGGAAGAAGGGAGUGAAUAUUGCACUCUGAACAGAAAGGAGGGUUGGCAGGAAUACGCAGCAACACCCACUCACUUGGGAAGCUGAACAGAACUUUACUGUAAUAACAAUCACUGAAAAAGUUACUCCCUCUCGUGCCUCCUUAGCUUCCUUGAGCAGGGCUUUCCUUUCCAUGCAGAGCUCCUCUGACCCUUGACUUAUCCUGAACCCGGUUUGGAUUGGGCUUCUCUUCAUUGAGGUUUCACCAAUAAAGGGGGAAACUCCCCCAAUCGCGUUGAAAGAGCCCAUUCUUUUCUUCAAGGUCCGCUUUCCUUCCUCCAUCUGUCCUCAUUGUGAAGUGGCAUUACUUAUCUGCCAAGUGGGAGCUGCACUGAACAGCUCCCCCCAUUGGUCUAGAGUGAAAUUAUACCUCUCAUUUUAACUUUCUCUUCAAACAACGCAUCCAGCUGAAUAGUGUUUUAAUUAUGCUCCUAGGAUAUAAAUACCGUUACGCUUUGUAUGAAAAGCCAGUACCAAAAAUAUGACUUUAUUCUUCCAUGACCCUCAAGAGCAGUAUUUUAAAAAAGAAUUUUUCCCAUGUUAUCAUAACUGUUUCUUUGAGACAUCGUACAUCACUUAUUCCCACUUCUUCCAAAUAUCUUCUGCUGAUUAAAUAUAUAUUCUAAUAUGACCUAUCCCAUCAGAUCUCAAAAGUGAAGCAUGGCCUGGUUAAGCUAGUUUUGCGUGAGAUCCCUGUAAGGAACACCAAGGUGUUACAUAGGAAUAGAUGGUGGUGGUGGUGGUGGCAGCAUGUUUCCUACUGGAUCACUGCUGAACCAGUAGGCUGCCAUGGUCCUAGAAAGUGCUGUCUCUGCAGGUGCAGUCUUCCAGAGGAGAUAUAAAACUGGGUCCUGACCACUCGAAUACAUUAAUAUUUGCAUAGCCCUUUGGAAACAUUAAGUUGUUUAUUCCAAGUUGAGUAAUUGCAUUCAGCUGCCUUUUCAAAUGAGAGGGGUAUGCUUCAGUAAACUUGCAUUUAGUAUUGCCAACUACUGAAGUGGGCACGUUUCAACCAGAGGUGGCCAUAUUCCAGUAGUGACUGAAGUGAUCUAUUUACAUAUCAGUUUAUAAAUCCCUCUUAGGAGUCUUCAGGGUGAAAAUUACUAGAAGAGAGAUUGUUUUAGGACAACAGCUUUACCACCAGGAGUAACUCUUUUAAACAUUUAAUGAUGCUAGGUAUGAAGAAUACUACAGUAUUGGAAAAAAAUAGGUUGUAUUGUACGAUGGCUGUUUUCCCCUUGCUCCCAUAACAUUUCAUCUGUGAUAGUUGAAUGUGCCUUACAGAUCUCCUUUCAGCAUUUUAAGAACUUUUUGUGCUGUAUUUUCCCCCCUCUUAAUAAGAUGUCUGCUUUAAUUGAAAGCAAAUGGGGUCCCUGUUUCUUUUUCUUGUGUUUGGAGAUUGAGGAAAAAAAACAGAUGCCAUUUGUAACAUUGAGACUGUAUGUAAUUGCUAUGGUUUUAUUUUUGUAAACAGCGGUUGUGCAUUUUAACUUUUAGCUUUUAUGCAAUUAGAGACAUUUGAUUAGACAAAGCAUUUGCUGAUUAAGGGCCCAAUCCUGCAG